UCGAACCACUACAUUGGCACAAAUGAUCGAUAUAGCCACACAUCUCUGUGGAACCAAUGCCGAGUUUAUUCUUUACCUGGAAGAUAUGUGGGAGACAAGGUUUCGUGUACCAGGAAGAAAAUCUGCCCAUUCAACUAUUGUUCAAAAGCCUGUUUUCAAAGAAGCCAUGGAUCUUAUGAGACAGGACACGUCGAUUCUGGAGGUGUGGAUGGGUGAUACUCCACAUAAUACACCUUACACGGCAUUAUACUCUGACUGGCUUCCCAUAUCAUCGAUUGCACAUUCUGAUAAUCCAUCCAACACAACCACCAACUCUACCACAAUAUCUUCAUCGAGAUGGUAUCGCAAAAACUUUGGAAACGAAGAGAAUCCACAUUCAGUUACACGACUUGGCGGCACAUUACGGCAUCGUCUUCGACAGAAAAGUGUUGGCAGUUGGGCCAUGUUUGAUACAGAUCCAAACCAUAACCCGCUGACACUAACUAAAAUGUAUGGACAAGCAGCCAUGAAAAAAAACCUAUCGUCUGCACAAAUUUGUUAUGGAGAUUCACAAAAAACUGGAGGAUGUCAGCUGGACUCGGAUCAUACCAAUGAUGGCGCAAUCACAGGGAUUAUGUGGCGACAACGACUGGUGUUGAAUAAGGAAAAAGGGUUGCCAUUUUUAUUCGAUCGGCCGUUAAAAUAGAGUCUGUAUAUUUGUUUUUACAAGAAACUCAUAAUAAAAGAAUCAUCUUUUUCAAAUAU